ACGCUCUUGCUUGGGUGAGAGAAUGUCCUCUGCAAUUUUUGUUUCUGACCAUCCGUUCCAGCGUUGCUCCUGAUGAUCUAAACGCAUUACUUUGUGUUUCGUGGAUUUAACGGGUAUUGUUGGACACAGGGAAUCAGGGUUACUGCUUCUUUAAGUUCUUUUGGGGGGAUGGGCUAUUUUCAUAACGUCAUUUCAUUCCUCCCUCUUUUUCAUUUUGUCAUUCUUUGAUUCUUUUUCUCCCCCCAUUUCCUAAAUGGAACAGAUUGCCCGAGCCUUUUCAUUUCCUAGCUUUCCCAAUUUUUAUUCAAAGUUACUCUUUUUAUUUUUCAGGAUUAUUAAGUUGAACUUUUCUUCUGUGUCAUCAUUUUUGGAGGGCUAACACCUUAGUGGACGUAAACUGCAAGUCAAUUGAGGCGAUGGUGGAGGCGUUUAUGGUGAUGAUGAUGAUGAUGAUGAACUGUAAAAGAAUGAUUCACUAACUUGUCUGUCUUUUGCUACCUGACAAGUCGAUAUAAGUUCAUUUUCAUCAUGAUGUACUCUCCUCUCUGUCUUACUCAGGAUGAGUUUCAUCCGUUCAUCGAGGCCCUACUGCCGCAUGUGCGUGCCUUCGCCUACACCUGGUUCAACCUGCAGGCGCGCAAACGCAAGUACUUCAAGAAGCACGAGAAGAGGAUGACCAAGGAGGAAGAGCGUGCAGUGAAGGACGAGCUGCUGGGAGAGAAGCCCGAGGUCAAGCAGAAGUGGGCGUCGCGCCUGCUGGCCAAACUCCGCAAGGACAUCCGGCCCGAGUGCCGCGAGGACUUUGUGCUGUCUAUCACAGGGAAGAAGACCCCCUGCUGCGUCCUCUCUAACCCUGACCAGAAGGGCAAGAUGAGGAGGAUCGACUGCCUGCGUCAGGCCGACAAGGUGUGGAGGCUGGACCUGGUCAUGGUCAUCCUGUUCAAGGGCAUCCCGCUGGAGAGCACGGACGGAGAGCGCCUGGUCAAGGCUGGGCCGUGCAACAACCCCAUCCUCUGUGUCCAGCCACACCACAUCAGUGUCUCGGUCAAGGAGCUGGACCUCUACCUGGCCUACUUCGUACAGGAGAGAGAGUCAGAGCAGAGCAGUAGCCCACGCACAGGUAUUGGGUCAGAUCAGGAGGAUAGCCGAGCUGCCACCAUGGAUGCUCCUGAGUUUCAGGAAAGCUUUGUGACAUCAGGAGUUUUUAAUGUAACAGAGCUGGUGCAAGUGUCCAGAACUCCGGUGGUGACGGGGGCAGGCCCUAACUUCUCUCUGGGAGAGCUGCAGGGGCACCUGGCCUAUGACCUUAACCCCUCAGGGGUGGGCAUGAGGAGAACCCUGCCCAGCACCUCCUCCAGCGGGAGUAAGAGGCACAAGUCGGGCUCCAUGGAGGAUGAUGUGGACACCAGUCCUGGGGGGGAGUACUACACCUCUCCCAACUCCCCGGCUAGCAGCUCCCGCAACUGGCAAGAGGAUCUGGAAGGAGGCAUGUCCCCUGGAGUAAAGAAGACAGAGAUGGACAGCCCGUCUCCUCAGGAGAGCUCCCCACGUCUCGGCUUCACACAGCACCACCGGCCCGUCAUCGCAGUGCACAGUGGGAUUUCUCGGAGUCCGCACCCCUCCUCGUCUUUGCACUUCCCCACCACCUCCAUCCUGCCCCAGUCCACCUCCUACUUCCCCCACACCGCCAUCCGCUACCCGCCACACCUCAGCUCCCAAGACCCGCUGAAGGACCUGGUCUCCCUGGCCUGUGACCCGUCCAACCAGCAGCCCAGCCCACUGAAUGGCAGUGGUCAAGUGAAGGUGCCCAGUCACUACAUCUCCUCCCAGAUGCUGGCGCCUCCUCCGCCCCCUGGAAUGCCCCGACUGACGCUGCCCUCCGACUCCAAGUCCAGCACCACCACCUCGGACGGGGGAGCCAACUCCCCCACGUCACCCAGUAAGUGGGCCGCUGCAUACUCAGCUCCUGGGACGCCCCCUGCCAACCGCUCCUUUGUCGGGAUCGGACCUCGAGACCCUGGCUCACUCUACCAGGCACAGUCCUGGUACCUGGGGAACUAAACAACACAAGGAUCAUUGAGAGGGGCAGGGACACAUGGAUUUGAGAUUCAACACUUUUUGUGGAAUUAAGAAAAUUGCAAAUGCGAUGCAAGAGGGAAAGUGUAUAUAUAUAUAAAUAUAUGUGUGCAUAUAUAUUUAUGUAUAUCAACAUAAAAGAUGCUUCAACACACCUUUUUGGAAUGCAAGACAGAGGCAGAGAGAGCAACGCCAAGGCAAGAAAGAGAAAAGGUUUGUGCAGCCAAAAUGAACGGUGGGGCAGAGACAUGACCCUGUCUCCAGGAUAGUACCCCUCCUCUUUAACACCCCCUCUGCUACAGGUGCUGCUUCCUCAUAUAUGCAAAAUAAGUAUCCUUUCAUUUCUCAAUCAACAAGAAAGAGAAGAUUCCGGAUCCAGAGUCAUUAUACUUUUCCACACUUCUUCGGAGACGGUAAAUGAACAACUCUUUGAAAGUAGUUAGGGGAGUUGGUCACACAUGGUCAAUAACCUCCCUUUACCCAUGAAGGGCCUACUUUUCAUCCAGUUUGAUUGACAAUCCUGUAUCUGUGUCAGUUACUUUGUUUAAAGAGUGGGGUAUUUUUAAGAUUUCAUUUAACACAGCCCCUUUUGUCGUGUUUAAACGUGUCUUCUAUGAGGCACAGUGAUAUGCAUACACAAUCAAAAGGAUCUGUCUUUAGAGCAGUAGAGAGCAUCGUAAAAAGACAGGUACUGUAACAGGUGUGUUAGUUUUCACAAUGACUGAUACGCCCUCUUGUGCCUGUCAACUGUUGUCUGUUUGUUUAGACAUUUGUUUGUGUUUGCAUACGAUUCAAGCAUAGUGAAACCUCCUCUUCCUAUCCUUGCCCCACUCUUGAGUUAUUAUUGCAUAAAGUUUGUAUUAAUGUAGAUAACAGGGGUUUAUUCUGCAUAGUGACAAAGGGAGUACAAAAAUAGUAAUGUCACUAUUGAGACAGUAUUGGGUGUAGAGGGGAGAAUCUUUCUUUUUUUCUGUAUUUAGUUUCAAUUGCAUUGGACAUUACAGGCAUUGCACUACUAUAAUGUAAAUGUUUCCUUAUUAGCAGCUAUCCCUUGGCCUAAUCAUAUGACAUGUUGCAAGUCAGAGGUGGGUUUUAGGAUUAUGUUGUAGAAACUACUAUGUUGUGUUGCUUUGGUAGCAGGGUACAAGAGUUAUGAGUGUUGGCUUUCUUGAGCUAUCGAUUCGGAUCAGAACAAUCGAGCCCUGUUGUGUUUCAGAUGUUCUAUACUCAUCUAGAGGACGUUUCCUUGUGUAUGUUGAGGUACAGGGAAUCCUGACAGGUUUAUCGGUAAAUCACACCCUUUUUGGAUCUCUUUCUACAUUCUGUGUAUCUAAGUCGCACUUUUAUUAUCUUACUCAUGCUGUCUUUAUAUAAUCGGAAAAAACAAAAAGCAAUUUAUGAAUCUUUUUUUAAAGCCUAUCACAUACUUUGGAUGAGUCGAGAAGAAUGUGAAUGAUUUGAUCAUUAGAAGCGUGUCUGUAAGGGUAACCAUUGAUAGUGCCACCACUGACCCCAGACCUAAUGGUUGCUAGGCCAACGGCACUGCAUGUAUCCAUGUGUGCACAUGGCAUGAUUCUGGCUCAUUGAUGACGGGCAACUGACUGACCAGCAGUGUCCAUCACCAGUCUAUUUGGUCAGAACUUUCUUUACAGGUUUUGUCCUUGUCUCAUUUGCUAAUGCAAUGUUUGUGACAACAGACUUUGUUGCAGCGUGUGUUGGGAUGGAUGCAGAUACAUAUUUAUGAAUUGAAAACAUUAGGACUUAAGAAUCCCCAAGUCCAAACCAUAUAUACAGCCAUGAAAAGUGCCUAAGACAUAGCAAGAGUUCUUUCUACAUUUCUUUGUAUUAUUGUUUUGGUUUGUUUGAAGUACUGCAAACAUCAAUGAGCUCUAGACAGGCAACAGGUGUGGUGUGAGAGAGAGGUGUGAUGCACAGAGGGGGAGAAGUUAUGGAGAGCUCACAGCCCUCACCUGUCUCCAGCCAAAUGCACCUUCCAUGUGUUUUUCUGAGCACAGGCUUCUCAUUGGUUGUCUGCUGGGGACAAGCUAAGAAAAGUAUAAAACUCUGCUAUCAGCAAUGACAUAAUUAAACCAACAUAUCAAAGCUAUAUACACACACACACACACUGAACAUAAAUGUAAACGCAACAUGUAAAGUGUUGGUCCCAUGUUUAUGAGCUGAAAUAAAAGGUCCCAGAAAUGUACCAUAUGCACAAAAAUCUUAUUUCUCUCAAAUUUUGUGCAGGAAUGUUUACAUUCCUGCUAGUGAGCAUUUCCCCUUUGCCAAGAUAAUCCAUCCACCUGACAGGUGUGGCAUAUCAAGAAGCUGAUUAAACAGCAUGAUCAUUACAUAGGUGCACCUUGUGCUGGGAACAAUAAAAGGCCACUCUAAAAUGUGUAG